GGAGUGGAUUAUAAAAUCGAGGACGGGGGAAAUGGCUGCAAAAAAUAUAUUAUUCUUUCUGAAAAAUUAAAAGCCGACCUUCGAAAAUGUAAUGGCGGACGAGAUUUUGGAAAUACUAUCAUCCAGGAAAAAUUUAAAAUGCCAGAAAGUCCCGAAGAAUUAGCAAGAAAAAUAAGGGAAGAAAAUGAAAAACACCGGCAAAAGUUCAUUGCCGAAAAUAAUCCACCCGAGUUGAAUUAUGCUUUUUUGACCCCGGAGGACGAAGCUCUUUGGUUCAUUCAGAAAGUUCGCCAAGCCAACUCCGACAUUUUUGCUGACCAAGAUUUUGCGUGGUGCAACGAAUUAACGGAUAAAAUGGAAAAACCCGGCACUAGCGAAUACAAUGCCCUCCAAGCCCUAAAAAGGGCGGAAAUUUCCUUGGAUAAACUUUUUGAGCGAGUAGAAAAAGGUCGUCAAGCCAAAGCGGAAGAAUUAAGGGGGGAAAAUAUGGUUCGUGCUCAAUGGGGAGACAAACCAGUUGAUACUGAGACUUUACCAACUUUGGAAAUUUAUCAGGAG